AUGGGGGGGGGGGGGGGUGGUUAUGGUGCGAUUGCACGUAACCAUUUUGGGAAACCAUUGUUUGCUGUCGCUGGUGGUGCAAGAGAUGUUAGCAUUGUGCAUAUGGAAUUGCUGGCCAUUAAGACUGCUCUCUUAAAGGCCAGCAGUCUCAAUCUAUCACGAGUACAGGUACGCUCAGACUCUCUGCUGGCUGUGAAGAUGAUCGUGGGCACCUACGCUAUAUCUUGGGAAGUUAGAUGGCUGAUUGAGGAGAUCAGAGUAUUGCGAGAUUCUUUUGAGAGUUGCUCUUUUGCUCACCAAGUUCGUGAGGCAAAUGCAUGUGCUGAUUAUUUAGCAGGGAUGGUGGAUUCUUGUGUUGAUAUUUCAAUUUCUGUUGGUUGUUUCCCUUCGGCUCUCUCUACUUUGGUGGAGAAUGAUGAGAGGGGGAAAAAAUAUAUCCGAAUGUAA